GCACGUGGACCGCGGAGCUGCUGCGCCUCGCCACAGAUCGCCGGCUCCGGGCGCGGCGACUCCAGGUACAGGGAGCGACCAAGAAGGGCAGGAGAGCGCGCCCGGGCCCGGGCCGGGCCCCAGCCGCCUCCGCCCCGCUCCGCUCCGCUCGGUUCCCGCCCCAUGGCUCCGCGGCCGCCGCCGCCCAAGCCGCCCUCCAGUCCGGAGGGGCCUCGCGGCAGCGGGUGCAAACACUCGGUUAAGGACUGAACAGCACGGCCGCCUCCUCGCGGGCCACCCCCAGCACCCUAAGGAAAACCGAGGCGGGAGAGACAGGAGGGAGGAAGCAAGAGCGAGCAGGAGCGAGCAGGAAGCAGGGCUCCGCUUGCCGCGGGACGGUCCUGCCCGGAGAAGGCUGCGCCCCGAGCCGCAGCUGGCGGAGCCGCUGGGUUGCGCCGAGCUACGGGCUGGCGGCUGCGGAGAGGCAUCUCGGUGCCCCAGGCCGGCCCCGCGCACCUGCCUGCGGCCGGCGCUCCGGACUCACCUGGCUCCCGGCGCUCCCUUCCCCAUCCCCGCCGCCGCGCCCGAGCGGGGCUCCGCGGGCCAGGAGCACUGCCGGGUCUAAUAUGCCCGGAGCCGAGGCGCGAUGAAGGAGAAGUCCAAGAAUGCGGCCAAGACCAGGAGGGAGAAGGAAAAUGGCGAGUUUUACGAGCUGGCCAAGCUGCUCCCGCUGCCAUCGGCCAUCACUUCGCAGCUGGACAAAGCGUCCAUCAUCCGACUGACCACGAGCUAUCUGAAGAUGCGCGCCGUCUUCCCCGAAGGUUUAGGAGAGGCGUGGGGACAGCCGAGCCGCGCCGGGCCCCUGGACAGCGUUGCCAAGGAGCUGGGAUCGCACUUGCUGCAGACUCUGGAUGGAUUUGUUUUUGUGGUAGCAUCUGAUGGCAAAAUCAUGUACAUAUCCGAGACCGCUUCUGUGCAUUUAGGCUUGUCCCAGGUGGAGCUGACCGGCAACAGUAUUUAUGAGUACAUCCACCCUUCCGACCACGACGAGAUGACUGCUGUCCUCACCGCCCACCAGCCUCUGCACCAUCACCUGCUCCAAGAGUACGAGAUGGAGAGGUCAUUCUUUCUUCGAAUGAAGUGUGUCUUGGCGAAAAGAAAUGCGGGCCUGACCUGCAGUGGAUACAAGGUCAUCCACUGCAGCGGCUACUUGAAGAUCAGGCAGUAUAUGCUGGACAUGUCCCUGUACGAUUCCUGCUACCAGAUCGUGGGGCUGGUGGCCGUGGGCCAGUCGCUGCCGCCCAGCGCCAUCACCGAGAUCAAGCUGCACAGUAACAUGUUCAUGUUCAGGGCCAGCCUCGACCUGAAGCUCAUAUUCCUGGACUCCAGGGUGACCGAGCUGACGGGGUACGAGCCACAGGACCUGAUCGAGAAGACCCUGUACCACCACGUGCACGGCUGCGACGUGUUCCACCUCCGCUACGCACACCACCUCCUGCUGGUGAAGGGCCAGGUCACCACCAAGUACUACCGGCUGCUGUCCCGGCGGGGCGGCUGGGUGUGGGUGCAGAGCUACGCCACCGUGGUGCACAACAGCCGCUCAUCCCGGCCCCACUGCAUCGUGAGUGUCAAUUAUGUACUCACGUAAGUCACACGUAUUUGUUUCUCUCCUUGCUCUCUCCUCCUUCCCUGUCCCGCAUCGGAUCGCUCCGAUAAGCACCAUCUCUUUCUCUCUCUCUCUCUCAAACUGUUCAUUUGUCUCCUGUUUUGUUUUUAUUUGAACAGUCUGGU